GAGUCUACAGAAAACCUUCUCUCUUGGCCCAGCUGGGUACCCUGGUGAAAUCAGGAGGGAAUUUGACCCUGCAAUGCUUCUCAGAGACGGUAUUUGAGAAGUUCAUUCUGGUUCAGCACAGAUCAGGGGCAACUGAGAACACAUUGCACCUUGCUGGAGAGCUCCAUCAUGGGAGCUCCCAAGCCAACUUCUCCAUGAAUCCAGUGACAUCUGCUCAUGCAGGGACCUACAAAUGUUAUGGUUCUGUCAGUCACUCCCCCUAUGAGUGGUCAGACCCCAGUGACCCCCUGGACAUUGUGAUCACAGAUAACUCCAGCUCCCUGCAUGUUCUGAUUGGACCCUCGGUGGUCACCAUCCUCCUUGCCAUCCUCCUUUUCUUCCUCAUUCGUCGCUGUUGUCCUGCCAAAAAGAGUAAGUCUCAGGAAGAGGAGUCCAGUGCCAUCUGGGCAUAUGGGGACCCUAAAGGAGAAGACCCACAGGAGGUGAUAUGUGCACAGUUGGAUCAUUGGAUUUUAACACGCAAAAAAAUCACUCCCACUUCCCAGAGGCCCAAGGAACCUUCAACAGAUACUAGUGUGUAUGUGGAACUCGCAAAAUCCUGAACCCAAAUCAAGUGUCAUCUCCUAUCCCAUGAGAACACAUAGAAAGACCUCGAGAAGGUCUUCCAUGCACACCAUAGAUCCUUUCCAAACCCAGCUUGACAGCUGCAAUGCAACAACAGCUAGAAUCUGACGAAGUUA